CGAUUGAAAACUAAAGGUGACAAAAGACGAUACAAUAGUGUGUUUGGCAAAAAACCCGUCUAAAAUCCUAUAUCCACCUGUAUUUGAAUCACGAAUUUUGUAAGAUUUGUGAUUUUAAUUAACUAUUCUUCCAUUGGUACUGACCGUCUUUUCCAUGACUUUAUCAUACAAUACAUUGUCUUGGAGAUUACCUUCUUAAUGUUUUCUUUUGUCUCUCAAUUUUUAUGGGAAUUGGUACCUUUUUGUUUUUUUUUUGUUUCUUUGUUACCUAUUUAUUCUCACUUUUAGUUUUACCUAAAGAUACCUAAAUUUUUCUAUACUGUUGUAGGUAUAUAUAGUUCAAGAAUUUACUUUUUAGUACUUAUAUUCAAUGGUAGUUGAAUAGAUCUAACCAAAACCAUAUAAGUACCUAUUUAAAAUUUUGGUUUUUGACAUUUGAAAACUGUUUACGUUGUGUUAAAAUUAUAUUUUUGUAUUUGAUUUUAUUUUUAAAUUAUGGUUAAUCCAAAUACAUUUUUUCUAUUAGUUCUUAUCGCAUUUAUUUCCACCAUAAGGACUGCUGUAUGUAUAUCAUGUUUUCAAUGCAACAGUACCGACAUCAACCAUCAAUUUCUUUGUACAGAAAAUAUGGAAGAUUCAGACAGCCUACGUCCCCAACCCUGUACAAGUAUUAACGAUGCCGCUUAUUGUGUGACACAGAUAGGCCUACACAGAGGAGGACUCGGAGUUACUCGUUACUGUUCAUCUCAUAAUUUAGGAAAUUACUGCAAAUAUCUUAAACGGCCAGGUGAUGUAGUAGAAUAUCGAACAUGUAUUUAUACUUGUGAUUCUGAUGGCUGUAAUGGUCCAAGGGAACUAAAGUUAUUUAGAUAUUUAAAAAAUCUAUCUAUUAUUCAGUGGUUUAGAAAUCUGUCAUUUUAGACAUUAUUACAAUAACAGUACCAGAAUAAUCUUAUUUAUACUGAUAUGAGUAGGUUACUUAUAGUACAUUUUAACUAUCAUAAUUGUUAUUCAUUAUUUUAUAUAAAUUGAUUAUAGAUGCUCAAAUGCAUUCUACAAUUUUAAAUAUUCUACCUCUUGAUAUUCAUAUAUUUUAAAAUAAGCACAUAUAGUUGUGAAAAACAAACAUUACUUACAUUUGGUAUGAUCUGAUCAAAUAUAUAUUAUACAUUAUAAUAAUAAGUCACAUCCAUUUAAUGAAAAAAAAUCCAUAUUGUGAAUAAUACAUUUUUUUUUAAAAAAAUAAUAAGGAUAAAAUUUCAUGAAAUGGAUGUCCACAUUGUCUAAUUUAUUUGCCAUUUUCAGAAUCCCAAAACUGCAAUAUAUUAUUAAUCAAAUAAAAUAAUUAUUAAUUUUACACAUUAUAUUAUUAAUAUUAGAACUAAUUUAUUUUUACUUUUAUCUAGAAAAUAAGUCUUAAGUUUAAUUUAAUUAUUUUUAUUUGUUAUUAAGUAAUUUUUAAAUUAUUUCUUUCAAAAGAUCAAAAAUGAAUUUAACCAAUAAUACUUUAUACUAAAAUUUUAUUUAUUAUUGCAUUUUUGUUUUCAUUUAUUAUUAUGUUUAAAGGAACCAUUCAGAACUCUAUUCAUUUUAUAGUAAUUUUUAGCUAUAUAGCAAUAAAAUGUAAAAAAAAAAUUAUCAUUUGUAUUAAUAUUGUCAUGCAGUUAUAGUAUUUUGCAAUAGUGAUGAAUAAAUCUAUUAAUAAUUUUCAUAAUGUCAAAAAAUAUUUAUUUAAUAAAAUGUUAUCCAUAUAUAAUGUACAGAACGACUAUCCAUUUCAUAAAAGUAACCAAUCAUAUUGUGUAAAAAAUGUAUUAUUACACAAUAUGGUUUCAUGAAGUGUGGAUAUUCACUUUAUGAAAAGAACAAUUCCAUUAAGGAAAUUUUAACAGUAUAUUAUAUUAUUUGUUAUGAAUAACAUUUUUAUAACAUUACAAAUUAUAUACAAAUGUCAAAUUCAGAAAUACAUUUAUCUUAUAUUUCUUUUUCUUUUUUAGGAAUUUGAAAUAAUAUUAAUAAUAAUAAUAAUUUAUUGUUAAUAGUCGUAAUAGUUUAUGAUAGUUCUUUUAUUUAAUUUGUUCAAAUUAAAAUAAGGAUAGAUAUAUACAUUUUAUACAUUUAUGUUAGUUCAUCAUUAGAAAUAAUAAUUUUUAUAUGCAUAUUGUAAUAAAUAAUAAUGUAAUACAACCAAUCCAUCCAAUUGUGUGAUUGAACCAAAUUAAAGUUUAUAUUACAUUUUAAAUUAACCAUGUAUUUUUAUACUGUU